GAUUGAACCGAUUCAACCGACCGAACCGGACCGAGUUUUAAAACAAUGGUGUGAACAACAUAAGCUUCCUCAAUCCUAACAUUGAUAUAUUACAAGCUUACUAUUACGGCAUUCCUAGUGUGUUUGGGACCCAAUUUUUCUCUUUUCCCCUACGUUAUAUGAUUUCACUGCCGGAAAUUUAUCAGCGGACAUGGACAUUCCGGAACUAGGAACGAAAGCAAAGAUACUGGAUUACAAUUCCACAGUGGAGCUUGUUUUACAGGGGACAACCUUGUUUCUAGGCAGUGACCAUCCAAUCCAUCUUCAUGGCUUUAGUUUUUAUGUUAUGGGGAUUGGUUUAGGGAAUUUUGAUAAGGACAAAGAUCCCUCAAUGUAUAAUCUGGUUGAUCCUCCCCUUCAAAACACUGUUCACGUCCCUAAAAAUGGCUGGACCGCCAUUAGAUUCCGAGCUGACAACCCUGGAGUAUGGUUCAUGCAUUGCCAUUUCGAUCGACACAUGACAUGGGGCAUGGAUACAGUAUUCAUAGUUAAAAACGGCAAAUCUCCGGAGGCUAAACUGUUACCACCACCACCUGACAUGCCUCCAUGUUAAGGCUGUUUCAAUUAUACUCAAUGUUGCAAAUUCUCUGGGUAAAGAAGUAUAUGUCCUCCUAUAUGUAUAUGUAUCUGGACAAAAGGAAGCAUUCUAAUCAUUGAAAUAAUUUUGCUAAAUAGUUUUGUUUACCAGGAGAAUUCUAGCAUCUGCAGUCUUAUUUUUAGGGGUAAUCUACUUGUGUAGACACUAAACUUAAACAUAACUU